AUGAUUGUUACUAUUGGAUGUACGGGCAUCGGCAGCCUGUUCAGUGCGCUGAAGGUGGUACGCCUGCUGCGGCUGGGCCGCGUGGUGCGGAAGCUCGACCGCUACCUGGAGUACGGCGCGGCCAUGUUGAUAUUGCUGCUGUGCUUCUACAUGCUGGUGGCGCACUGGCUCGCGUGCAUCUGGUACUCGAUCGGGCGGUCGGACGCGGACAACGGCGUCCAGUUCUCGUGGCUGUGGAAGCUGGCCAACGUCACGCAGACGCCCUACUCCUACGUCUGGAGCAACGACUCGGGGUCGCCGGAGCUCGUCAACGGGCCGUCGCGCAAGACCAUGUACGUGACGGCGCUCUACUUCACCAUGACCUGCAUGACCAGCGUCGGGUUCGGCAACGUCGCCGCCGAGACCGACAACGAGAAGAUCUUCACCAUCUGCAUGAUGAUCAUCGCCGCGCUGCUGUACGCCACCAUCUUCGGUCACGUGACGACCAUCAUCCAGCAGAUGACGUCGGCGACGGCCAAGUACCACGACAUGCUGAACAACGUGCGGGAGUUCAUGAAGCUGCACGAGGUACCCAAGGCGCUGAGCGAGCGCGUCAUGGACUACGUCGUCUCCACCUGGGCCAUGACCAAGGGGCUGGACACCGACAAGGUGCUCAACUACUGCCCGAAGGACAUGAAGGCGGACAUCUGCGUGCACCUGAACCGCAAGGUGUUCAACGAGCACCCCGCCUUCCGGCUGGCCAGCGACGGCUGCCUGCGAGCGCUCGCCAUGCACUUCACCAUGAGCCACUCGGCGCCGGGGGACCUGCUCUACCACACGGGCGAGUCCAUAGACUCGCUCUGCUUCAUCGUCACCGGCUCGCUCGAGGUCAUCCAGGACGACGAGGUCGUCGCCAUCCUCGGCAAGGGCGACGUGUUCGGCGACUCCUUCUGGAAGGACAGCGCAGUGGGGCAGUCGGCGGCCAACGUGCGGGCGCUCACGUACUGCGACCUGCACACCAUCAAGCGCGACAAGCUGCUGGAGGUGCUCGACUUCUACCAGGCGUUCGCCAACUCCUUCGCCCGCAACCUCGUGCUCACCUACAACCUCAGGCAUCGGCUGAUCUUCCGGAAGGUGGCGGACGUGCGCCGCGAGAAGGAGCUGGCCGAGCGGCGGAAGAACGAGCCGCAGCUGGACCAGAGCCAGGACCACCUGGUGCGCAAGAUCUUCUCCAAGUUCCGCCGCGACCGCGCCGCCGCCCAGCACCAGCAGGCGCUGCCGCCGCCGUCGCCGACGACGACGGACGUGGAGAAGGGCGAGGGCGGCGUCACGACGCCCUCUGGGGAUGCCUCCUGCUCGUCGCCGGCGCUGCGCGUCCCCAAGCUGUCCAGCGUCGCCGAGCGCCACGACUCCUCCUCCACCAACGCCGCCAGCUCCAGCAACACCAAUGGGGCCAAGCCGCACCGGCCCACCACCAUACGUGCCUCCAGGUGGGGACGCCUGCUGGGCUCCAGCGGCGGGAGUGUCGACUCGUCCGACGCGGGCAGUAGUUCGGCCGCAGCGGCGUUGAUGUCGCGCUCGCUGUCCAUCCGGGGUGACCACCACGGCGGAAGUGGCGCUGGCGGCGCGCAGGCCAAAAAUGGCGGCGCUUCCUCUUCUGGUGGGGCGCCCGGCUCGUCUUCCUCGCUCGGAGGCAACGGAGGCUCGGGGAAUAAGGUGUUCCCGAAGCUGCCUAAGCCGAUGACGAGGCAGGACACGAUGGAGGAAAUCGUCGAGAUCGAAGACCGUUACAACCGUCCAGGAAGCCUUCGUAAGGUGGAGUCGUGUGACAGCGGCAUGGUCCGCAGUGUGGAGCAGAGGCUGAACGACCCCCCACCCACGCCUCACCCCGUCGUCUCAGGGGUGGCCGCCAUGCUGCCUCCGGCAGAGUACAAGGACCUCGUGGCCAACAUCAUGGACUUCAAGGUCGACGUCAAACUCGAGGUCCAGCGGUUACACCAGAAGGUGGGCCGCAUGGAGGAGAUGCUGGCCGAGAUCGUGCAGAGGCUCGGCCCCGCCCCCACCCCCGCCCCCGCGCCGGAGGCGGCCGCCCCCGACGCGGCGGCUGGAGGAGCGUCGGCGGCGGACGUGUCGCAGGUGAGCCUCCAGCCCAAGCCGCAGCAGCAGUCUGCCACGCCCACCUCGUCCUCGUCGUCUUCUGGCGGCGGCGGCGGGGGCGGAACCACCAUCCCGGUCCCCGUCAGCGGGGGUGGAAACGGCGUGGGAGGCCUCGUGCUCAGGAAAAGGAGGUCCAAGUCCAGGAACAAGGGCGCGGCUCCCGGGGUGCCCACCACGAGCUCGCCGAGGACUUCCCCGACGGAGACGACGAGGAUGCUGCCGCCCACGGAGGAGGCGGACUCGGGGGCCUCGUCCGAGGAGAAGAGGUCCUCGUACCGCCGCUCCAGGGAGUUCCUGUAG